CAGGCUUCCUAUGCGAUCGUGCCAGGGCCCUCGACGAGCACGAACAAGAAGACGCCAUCGACGCUGAAUGGCUACGGCUUGCAUGACGAUCUCAGGUUCGGUCAACGCAGUCUUGCAGCGCAAGCCGAGUCUUCUCACCCUCUCGAGCGUCAUCUCGACAAUUACGAUGACACGCAGGAUGCGCUCAAGAUGACCCUCCAACGCAACCUCUACGGCCUUCAUGCUCCGGUCAGACAGAUGAUGGAGCGAGACCUCGCUUCUCAAAAUCCUCAUUUUCCCGGAAUGGGCAAGAGCCUGAGCCAGCUACACCUCGAUGUGCUGAGAGGGAUGGACGAGCUUGCAAGCAUGGCAAACGUCUCACAGGUCGCUUCGGACUCUGCUGCUGUCGUACUCGAUCAGCACACCGCCAUGGAACGGCAACGAGGUCUAUGA